AUGGCCGGCGCCGGGAGCCGCGGGGUCUUCUCGUGCCGGCGGCGCUUCGGGCUCCUGCUGCUGGCGGCGGCGGCGGCGCUGGGCGGCGGGGGGUGGGCGGCCAAGAGCCCCAGCUGCCACGAAGUGAGGACGGCCUUCCAGAUCCGCCAGAUCGGACCCCUCAAACUCGUGCCCGACGUGCCCACCGCCGAUUCCAACUUGCAGAUCUGCCAGCACAGAGCACCAACAUGUUGCACUAAGAAGAUGGAAGAAAGCUAUCAAGCAGCUGUUCGGAGAGAGAGGAUGGAGAACAUCCAGACUCUAAAUUUUGAACUGAAAUAUAUGAUCGUUGGUCACAUCUCAGCUUUUCAAGCGGCCUUUGAGUCAUUACUUCGCUUGGCUGAGAACCACACGACUUCUCUGUUUGAGACUGUCUACAGAUCCAUGUCAAAGGAGGCAGUCGAACCUGUCAAAGAGCUCUUUACGGACAUCUCUCUCUACCUCUUGGGUGCUCAAAACACAGUGGAAAGUGCAUUUUCCCGGUUCUUUGACAGCCUCUUCCCUUUGGUUUACAGCCGGCUAAUUAACCCAGGAAUUACAGAUUUGUCCGAAGAGUAUACAGAGUGCCUGAGGCUAACUCGGCAAGAUAUCAAUCCAUUUGGACGGUAUUCGAAAGAAGCCGUAACAGAGCUGGCGAAGUCUCUAUGGGCAAGCAGAAUGUUUUAUCAGGCCCUUGGGAUGGGCAUUGAAGUGCUGAAUGCUACUGAGCAUGCCACUUUGACAAAGGAAUGUAGCCGAGCACUAGUGAAGAUGCAAUAUUGCCCUCAUUGCCAAGGCCUCACGCUCAUCAGACCUUGUGAAGGGUAUUGCCUAAACGUUAUGAGGGGAUGUUUUGCCAGUGUAUCAGAACUAGAUGCUCAGUGGAGAGAAUAUAUUUAUACCCUGGAAUAUCUCACUAAUGAAAUGGCUGGAUCUCACGAUUUGGAACUGGCACUAGUGGGUAUUCGGUCCUCCGUCAAUGAGGCCAUCUUGUAUUCACAACUGAAUGGACCACAAUUGUCUGCGACUGUUGAUAAAGUAUGCGGACAUCCUGAAGAAAGAGAAAUGAAACCUUCACCAGACAAUAUAGUACAAGCAAAAGAAAUAUCUGAAGCACAGUCUCUCACAAUGGCACACUCCUCUAUUCUAACCAAUAAAAGGAGUUCUCUGCCUCUGAAAGCUUCAAAGAAUGACAAAUCCAGAAGUUUGAAAAAAAUGUCCCGGGAGUUCAUCAACUACAUGAAACGAUCCAGAACUCUUUAUGCUUCUUUAACGGAACGACUCUGUGAUGGGGAUCUAGUGAUGAAAGACAGCUCAACUUGCUGGAAUGGAGAGGAUGUUGUAGAAAGUUAUACUAGCAGAGUGGUCACCAAUGGAUUAAAGGCACAAAUUAAUAACCCAGAACUGAAAGUCAGAGCACUGGACCCCCACGUGCGCAUCUUAAUUGAUAAACUGCAACAUUUUAAUCAGCUGGAGAGUGACAAGACAAAUUUAAAGUCUGAAAGAUGGGCAUCUCGGGAAAGUGGCAGUGGAGCUGGAAGGAGUGAAGAAAUGGAAUCUAGUGGAGACUGUGAUGAUGAGGAUGGGUGCCAAGGAUCGGGUGAAAAGAGCCGCACAACAGAUGAUCUCAGAGCUAAUUCAGGAGACAGGAAUGAAUCCAAUGCAACGGUGAAAAAGGCAGACUCCCCAGACACCAUUAUUGUAAAAUUGUCUCCUAAAGGGAACAGGGGCAAUCAAGCAACAGACAAUCGCGUUUCAACCACCUUGCUCUUCACCGUCACAGCCCUAGCAGUUUUGUGGCAUCCUUUGUUGUAGCUGCAUUAUAUUGCACUAGCUGUGCAAGAAUUUCUGCUCACUGUCAUUUUAUACCUACAGCCUUACCCAAGUGAAAACAAAGUUAAAUGGCUCUCUAAAUGGUGCACCCUAGUAUUUUGCGGUAUAUUAGUAGAAGUACUAAACAUUAGUCUGGGACUGGCUAGCGGAAAGCAUCGGUGUGCGCACGAUGUCUGGCGAUGGCUCUUGAGAGCAACUUAUCUACUCAAGAUGCAAAAAGGAUGAAGACGGGAACCCUGAGUAGAUUAAAUUAUUGUAAUAGCUACAAUUAAGAAUAUUCCAGUUGUAAAUUAAUAUGUCGGAAUUUCCCCCUUUUUACUCAUUGGCUAAUGGACUGUUGUCUAUUUUUCUGAUCUUUCACAUGAGUUCCUUUGAAUAAUCCAUUUCCAGGAGCAGUUCAAUAGUAAGUUAUAUCUCUAGGGAUCAGCCACUAUAUGUUACAGCGCUAUCUACCAGUUGGAUAAAAUUCCUAAGUGGUACAAGAAGGUUGUAGCAUGUUUGAAUCUCUUGGUUUCCCCUUGCCUUCUUAAUGUUUAGAAUGUAGAAAGCAAUAUAACAAGCAUAUGCUGUGUCUAAUGUAAUGGUAUAGUUGCCUUAACCGUUUAGAAAAAAAU